UCAGAAACGACAGCGAAAGUCGUCCACAAAACUCCCAAAAGUGUUUCUGGUGCUGUUUCUGUGCGGUAGAUUCUCGGGAAGUGUUUUUGAAUUUUCUGUUCGUUUUUCCUAGUUUUUUGUACAUAAAACCAUCCCGAAGCAUUACAGUCAUAAGUCCGGAAUGAAUUUCAAAUAUGAAUGUGGAGAUUUCUCACAAUUCCAGGAACAACUAAAGAAAAUGCGUGAUCUGGAUGAUAAAAUCAUCUACGCGCUAAACACGUCGUUGCCCACGGAAUCCUUCAAGGGACAGGUCAACCCGGAAGCGAAAUGCCGGGAACUGCACAAACAGCUCGAGGCGGGCUACGGAGACCGGCAGGAAGCCAUCAAGAAGUGCAUCCUGGUGUGUGCCGAUUCCGUGAAACAGCUGAAGGAGAAGCGCGAGGAGAGCCGGGACGACGUGGUGCUGAAUAAGCAGUUUAAGACUGAACAGAGAAAGCUGCGAUUAUUGCAAGCCGAACUCAGCGUCGAAGAUAUCAUCCGAGAACGCACUCAAAAAACCUUCAGGGAACGAUGCCGGCUAUUCGUGAACUUCGAUACACUGUAAAACCAUUAAAAGUGCCGAACGCCUUGGGCUCAUUUCUGGUUGGGCAGCGAAUCGCACAAAGACAUUAAUUGGAAGCCACCCGCAAUAUUGUUGAGGAAGAGAUAUGUACUAAAGAGUGUAACAACGUACGCAUUUAAUCACUAUCAGGACGUCAGAUGGGAGAACGGUUUCGCUGCAGCAACGAGUCAGCGGAACACUGCAACACACAGUCUGUUUUUAGUUUUUUUUUUGUUAGGAAGAUGAGCGUAAAGUUUUUGAGGGAAGGAAUCAUCCGUUCAAGAGAAUAAAUUUUAUUACAUUUGUUAUAGCGUAUAGAAAGCAUACAAACCACUGAAAACCUCGUGAAUGGAAUAAGGAUCGAAAUUAAGUUCCAUUGUAGUAACUAAAUACAGAAAGAAAUUUAAA